AAUUAUUUAAAUAAAUUUCUUUUUUAAUUUUAUUUAAAUAUCCAAAAAAAAGUGGCAACACUGCCCCAGAUUCAAAGAAUUAGUCUCCUGAAUUUACAAUCAAACAAAGCGACCAUCGGUUGUACCCUCGUUAAAUCUCUCUCUCUCUCCCACAUGCAUGCUCGCAGGUAAAAAAAAAUAAGACCGAGGCCUAAUGAUUAGUCCUUGAACCCAAAACGUUCCAUCUGAAAUCCUAAGGCGUGCGGCGUUGCCGUACCUACAAAAUCCUCCUCGCAUCCGGGGACAAAACCUCUACAGACCCUAAAAAAUCUCAGAAAUUGUGGACAAAUUGGCACCGUCGCUUCUCCACCACGCAAGCAAACAGACAGGACGUGCUGACGUCAGUUGUUCUCACUCUAUCGCGUGGUGUACCUCGUUUGGUUAUUAUUGUUUACCUCCGAAGCAUGCCGCGUUUGGACCUAAAAAGGAAACUCGAACUCGUGGAAACUCACGUGAAAACCCAACUGAGGCCUCAAGAAUGCGCCCUUAAGUACGGCAUAAGCGUGUCGACUGUGCGCGCCAUUUUAACCAACAAACGCGCCCUUAUCGCCCACUACAACAAAACAAGAGACCGUCGUGCCAAGAAGUUUCCAUGCACGGAACGUGCGAUAGCGGAGCACCAGUUGGCGCAGUGGUACCGCGAAACGGCGACCCUGCGCCACCAGGGGGUCACGUGGGCACAAGUGAAGGGACAACUCAAAAAAAUCGUGCGCGCGUGCGCCCUACGGUGCGCCCAAACCGGGUGGGCGCGGGCGUUUGUUCAGAACCACCGGGUGCUCUUGAGCAACGACCAUAAUAAGGGCCCAACGGUCACUGUGUGUAAAAAGGGUGGAGUGGGGAAGACUAAGGUACCAAUUGUAGAAAGUGCUCAAGAUUGUGGUGGAAAUAGUGGAGGAUUUAAUAUUGGAAAAGUGUCCUCCAAGUCCUUUAAAGAGAGUAGGAAGAGUUUGUUGAUUGGGGGAAAAAAUGAGGUUGUUCCUGAAAGAAAACUUCUUAAUAAUGAUGAAGACUUUGACCUCAAGGAUCCUGGAAAGUCGAAGAAGGCCCUCAAGCAUCCGAAGAUCCAAGUGAGUUCCGCCAUAUUAUCCAGACAGAGACAGACAGGUACCUUGGAAAUGGCUGCUUCUGCAGAAAAGCUCUGCAAAACAAAGAAGGACAAUAACACAAAAACACCCAAAAAUCUGAAUAAAAAGGACCCUGAGAUGUCCCCAGUGUCAAAAGAGCUCCCUCGAAAGGCCCCUCCUGAGAUAAGGAGGCCAGGGAGACCCAGAAAGUCUGGGGAAUGUGGCACACAAGAGGCUCCCGGAAAAAAGACCAGGAAGAGGAGGAUUUAUUUGGCGACAGAGUCCAGGCUUUUGAGGUCAAGGAUCACAAAGAGUCCAGAGAAAAUUCCAAUGGAAACUGUUACUUCUAUAGCCGCAGGAAUCCCUAAAAAUCCUAAGAAAAGAACCAGGAAGAAGAGAAUCAAUUUGGCCACUCAUCCAGAAGUUUUACACCUCAGAGGGCUAACCCAAUAUACUUCUACAUUAAAAAGAGCUCCAGGAAGACCCAAAACAACCCGGAACACCUGCACAACUCCCAAAGUAAACCCGGAAACCCUCCCUGAACUCUCAGUACAUCUCCAAAGAUCCGAGUUGAGGAUCGUCGGGCCCAACCCCUUGAGACGCAAAAGGGGUCGCCCUCCCAAGUUCCUCCAAUACCAAAACAAGAAAACCCUUCUCAAGGAGGACUGUUCAGGCCCCAUUGAGGAGCAAAGGUCCUCCUCGAUGGUGGAGGUGAUGGGGCCAGAAGGCCUUGCUUUGGCCAAGUUAUACAAACCGGACUUUGAACCCCAUUUUCCUGAUGAAAUAAUUGACCUGAACUGCUGGAAAAGGAAGAGAAAGAGGAAGAGGAGGGGCCAGGUGAAGGAGGGAAAGGGUGGGUCCACAAGCGAGGAGGAGGUUGGACCCUCCAGGAGGCUCAGACGGAGGCGCGGGAGGAUGAAAACGGAGCAGGAGGAAGGGAAAGAUGAAAUCGAGGAUUAUUGCGAGAGCAUCGAGGACGAGGACACUGUGGAUCUGCUCUGUCCCCAGGACGGGGGCAGUGGGAGGAUCGAGGUCCUCAGUAAUAUCCAGAUAGUGUCUGCUGAGCCCCAUUUGACCUCGGAAGAGCUUCUGAUCCAAGAUGACGUCUUCAAGAACGUCAAAAUUGAGGUCUACAGCCUGGGAGAGUCGGAGGAGGUGGAGAACGAGAUGAACAACGGGGCAGAGGGGGACGACGAGUGGGAGGACGAUAAUGCCCCAAUGACUUCUCAGCCCCAACCGAUGCCGCCCCCAAACCAGCCGCCCAACUCGAUGCAGGGCGGCUACCGACCUCCGAUGCCGCCCAACGGGCGCGCGCCCGCCCCCCGUGGUCCCCAAAGUGGGGCGGCACGCAUGCCCGGCGGCCCUCGGGGCCCUAACGUCGUAAACCAGAGGGCGCCCGGGGUGCGGGCGCGCGCGCCCAUGAUGCGCCCGCGUGGGCCGGGCGGCCCUCAGGGGAUACGCGGCGGCCAAGUGAGGCCGCGUAUGGGCGGCCCGCCCCAGAGCGUGAGGGGCGUCGGGGCGUCGGCCGUAAAGAGGCACCCGGGACCCGGGCUGCAGGGCGGCGGCGGGAACAACGCGAACGCGGUCAAGAGGAAGAGGGUGGACGUGCUGACGCCCUCCGAUAAGGACGACGACGACUGUCAGGUGAUCUGUAUGCAGCCGAAGAACACCGGGCUGCCGCAGAUCGAGAGUGUCCAGGGCGCCGAAUCGGUGGAGAACAGCAUCAUGAAACUCUCCGACUCGAUCACGCUGACGUCGGUGCGACCGCAACCGAAACCGACGCCGGUCGCCCCCCAAAAAUCGGAAACGGCCAAAGCGGUCGCGAACGUGUUGGCCAGCAGGGGAAUCACCGUGACGUCAUCGGGCAAACCGAAGGAGCCGCCCUCUGCGAAACAGGGCUCUGCCUUACCGGCCGGCCUGAACCUGAACGGCUCGAUCAGUAUCGUGGCGAAAAAGGCGGCAGGUGACGCUUUGCCCACGGUGGAUCUGACGGACGAGGUGUCCGCGCCUGCGCCCAGUUCACCCAAUAAGGUGCGCGCGGGGUUGCCGUAUCGGUGCGACUUGUGUCCGGCCACUUACCCCAACGCCUUGGGCUUGAACAAGCAUCGGCAGACUUACCAUAAGACCAACAGUGGGAUGUGCGAGCUGGGGGUUCCCCUGGUCAAUCUGAAAACGCCCGGCAUAAUGCAAAAACUCUCCCAAGUGGGCAUCAACAACUACAUCCCGCUACAAGCGGCAACGCCGGACGGCACCUACGCCAUCCCGCUGAUCAACACGAAGCAGCCCGGCAACGUCGCCGCCCUGGGCGCCACCCAGAUGUUGAGUCUGGGGCCGGUGCGCCCCAUUCCGCGCCCGCCCGUCAACAACAGUCCCACGAAAAAGUUGUAAAUUUAAUGGUGGUGGGGGGCAGCUACGUUCAUUCUGUGAAUGACUGAAUUUUUUUCAAUUGCGUCAAUAUUAUUGUUUAGGCGGUGGGGAGGGGGUUACAAGACGGCCAGUGGUUGCAUUUGACAUGCUUGAAAGCGCCAUCUCGGAACAGGUCUUCCAACUAUGUGACCUCACUACUGGGAAAUAAACUUGACAGGCGGCCAUUUUGUUUUGCGUUGUCAUUAUUCCGGACUACUUGACUCGUUUCGCUAUCCAAGAUGGCCGUUUUGACAGUUCAAGGGUGCACUUCACGUCGAAGUUAAAAUCUAGUGUGCCCCGAAGGAGUGAAUUUAGGUCCAAAAAAUGGGCGUGGUCGGUACUAAAUAAAAAAGUGUGUAUUUUAACCACGCCCCCGGUACUUUCAGGUUAUGUUAAUGUUGCUUUAUUCUGUAAACCCCCUUGAGAGUUCCAAGUUCCUUUUUACGUAUUUUUUUUUUUGUUAAUUUUCCUUAACAAAAUGUACAGAGACUGAGUUUAGGUUUAAGUUCGUGCAAUCUCGAGUUAAUUUUUUUUUACCCUAAAUACUUUAUUUUCUGUAUAAAUUUGCCGCCGCGUGGGGGCGCCAGCGGCGUAGGGCACGUUUUGUGAUAUACCUUUUUUUGUACAUAAUAUAUUAAGUAAAAGGUUGUAUUAAGACGA